AUGUCAUGUGACCUUUCAUCACGUGAGCGGUAGAGGCUCUGAAGCGUUCUACAGGAGUACAUCUGUUUAUCGACUCUUUGAUUUUGCACUUCUGUCUGGUUUGAAAGACGACAGAAAUGCGAGCUGAUGAAAAUCUCCGACUGGACGAGCAGCUGCUGCUGUUUAUGGAGCAGCUCGAGGCUCUGAAGGAGAAACGACAAAAACUUAAUUCCCUUAUAGAAGAGGGAUGGUUUUCUAUAGCCAAAGCACGUUAUUCAAUGGGGAAUAAGCAGGUCUCUGCUUUGCAGUAUGCCAGUGAGAUGGAGCCGCUUGUUCAUGUUGAAACCAGUUUGCUGGAAGCUGGAAAAGCUGAGUUCAAGUGUGAGAGAAACGAGAAUAAAGCAGAAGAAAAUAAAAAUAAAACCAUAGAAGACAUUGGAGCAAAACAGACAGGUCUUCGGAGACGAGUACAUGCCAAACAAAAGGAGGGUAAAGAAGAUGAUCAAGAGACAGAUGGAGUGAAAACAAAGACAGAAUCACCCACACCAGAACACAGAGAUCCUUUGAAGUGGUUUGGAAUCCUUGUACCACAGAAUCUGAAACAAGCUCAGUCUGCCUUCAAAGAGGUCAUCACUCUGUCAGCAGAAAUUGCAUCCCUACAAAGUGCAAUACUUGCCACAAGGAAAGAGAUGCAAGUCCAGAUGAAGGAGAAACUAGAGAGGACAGAGAAGGCUCAGGCGGAAAUAAAAGAGGAAUAACAGCAGACUUUUUCUUUUUCCUCCAUAAUCUUUAUUUAUUGCUAUAUGUGAGAUGUUUGACAUCUUUGUUAUUGUAUAAACAAUGCUGCGUAUUAAAAUGUGUCUGUUUUGAGCUGUAAUACACACUUAAAUUCAUUAAAUGUGCAGAUUUACUUUAAA